AUGUGCGACGGCGCGUGGAAGCCGACGGCGCACGGCCACAGAAGACCUCCGCGCACCCGGACGUACGCCCGCGACGUCUCCCCGCUGAGCAGCGAGAGCGGCGGCGCGGCACCUAAGUGGCGAGUGGGGGGGUGGGUGGGGGGUUUGUACGUCAAACUCAAGGAGGUCGGCAUGGACGGCCGAGGGACCCUCAAGAUGUUCGCGCGCAAGAAGCGGGAACUUAUCAAGACGCCGUCUAUCUCCAAGAAAAGUCGAAGCGGAAGCCCCGGACCGCCCAAUACGAUAACGUUUUGUCCAAGCGCCGGUAACAGGGAUGUGGCCAAUUGUGCUUGUCUGACCAUGCUGAAGCCAGGACACAAACGCAGCUACAAGCCCUAUUCCAUCAGCUUGCGGGCUAAGAAAGUGGACUCCAAGGGCAAGGAGCGAUUGGAUGUAUGGCUCAAACAGCUGUCCAUCCUACAGGAGCUGCCUCAGAAAGAUGGCGGCGACACCACUCUUUCCUCUUCACCCAGCUUCUCGUCCUCAUCCUUGCUCACCCCGUCCUCCACGAGUCUCCAGGACCCCUCCCUUUCCUGCCCAGGCACCCCUAGCCCCCAGCACGGCAAGAUGGCACCUGGUGUGUCAUACUCCACCGCCACACACAGGCGGCCGACCACCCUGAGCCGACACGCCAGCGCGGCGGGUUUGACUUUGCAGUCGUGGGUGUUCACAAGAGGCCACGCCAAAGGAGCAAUGGCAUCGACACCACCUUCUUCCGAUGGCCCCGAAGGCACCGCCAUCGAGGUGGAGGACAUCCCGGCCCUGCUCAGGGAUGUGGCGCGUUUCGCAGAGGCCGUGGAGAAGCUGAAGGACGUGGUGAUGCUCGCUGAAGGUACAGAGAAUCAGCGCCCCGUUGCCCAUGAGUGCUUAGGGGAGGUUCUGCGUGUGUUGCGGCAGGUCAUCAACACGUACCCCUUCCUCAACACAGUGGAGAUUCUCACCGCUGCCGGCAAACUCAUAGCCAAAGUCAAAAGUUUCCACUAUGAGGCAUGCAACGACUCGGACAAAAAGGACUUUGAGAAAGCCAUCGAGACCAUCGCAGUGGCCUUCAGCAGCAAUGUGUCUGAGCUGCUGAUGGGCGAGGUGGACAGCAGUACUCUGCUAUCGUUGCUGCCUACGGAGAAGAGCCGAUCCAUGGAGAAUCUGUACGGCGCUGCAGGCCAGGACGGCGCUCAUCAAGGGAGCUGCUCUGAUGACUUUGGCAAUGUUGAGGCAGUGGAUGUGAUGCUCCAGCGCAGCGAAGGCGGCGUUGACUCCGCUCUGCUCUACGCCAAAACUAUCGCCAAGUAUAUGAAAGAUCUCAUCAGUUACGUGGAGAAGAGAAUCUCACUGGAGAUGGAAUUCUCCAAAGGUAUUCAGAGAUUGUACCAAUCCAGCAAACACAGCAUCACACACCCCCACAUGCCCCUCUUCUCCAUCUACUCUCUGGCUCUGGAGCAAGACCAAGAGCUGAGUACAGGCCUCCAGCAGGGCAGCGCCACCCUGCUCCAGACUUUUAUCCAGCCACUGGUGCAGCGCAAGCAGGAGCACGAGAAGCGGCGGAAAGAAAUCAAAGAUCACUGGAUUCGGGCAAAGAGAAAACUAAUGGACUGUGAGGCCAACCUUCGCAAAGCCAAGCAAGGCUACAUGGCACGCUGCGAGGACCACAAGGCCAAAGCGGCCGCGAGCCGAGCCGAGGAGGAGGGGGCGGGAGCCAAUGCAAAGUCCCUGGACAAGAAGAAGCGCUUGGAGGAAGACGCUCGGAACAAGGCAGAGGAAGCGGAGUCGAUUUAUAGGACAUGCAUCGCUGAUGCCACGUCUCAGAUGGUGGAGCUGGAAGACACCAAGGUCACCAUGCUCAGGCAACUGCACGACCUCAUCAAGCAGAGCGACCAGACGCUGCGCUCGGCCACCAUCUCGUACUACCAGCUCAUGCACAUGCAGACGGUGGCGCUGCCCGUCUGCUACCAGACUCUAUGCGAGAGCAGCAAGUUGUACGACCCGGGCCAACAAUACGCUGCCCACGUGCGAGAUCUGCAGCUGCCCGACCAGCCCCCAGUCUCCUACGCAUUCGAACCCUACAUCCCCUCCGGCGCGACAUCACACCCCAGUCUCAGAUUGAGGAACGACAGCUUCACCACAGAGCAGACGAGCCCUUCGGACGUCCCAACAGCUGUGGAUGCAGAGCGCCAUACCAGGCAGGGUCACAAAUCGUGGGGCUCCACGGUGAGUGACGACAGCGUGGGAGGAGACGGCGCCUUGGAGUCUCCAGUUGCCAGCAACAGUGAGCCAAUCACAUAAUGUGUUAUUUUAAUUGCCGACAUCAGCAAAAUUACCCGUACGUCAUCCACCGGGACAGUGUCGUCCAAUGAGGACGUGGAAGAAAAAGAUGGGAAUGUGGCUUCAUUUGAAACUCCAAACAUGAAUGGCAUGGAUCCUGAUGUGGUCUCUACCAGACCUUUCCGGAACGUGGGCCUGUCCAAAGCUGCGCAAACACACCGUCUGAGGAAGCUGCGGACUCCCGCUAAGUGCCGUGAGUGUGACAGCUACGUGUACUUCCAGGGCGCUGAGUGUGAGGAGUGCUUCCUGGCUUGUCACAAACGCUGCUUGGAGACACUGGCCAUCCAGUGCGGCCACAAGAAGCUGCAGGGCCGCCUGCAACUCUUCGGCAGGGAGUUUUCUCAAGUAGCCAGUUGUGCCAGUGACGGCAUCCCCUUCAUUAUUACAAAGUGCAUCACGGAGAUAGAGAGGCGAGCGCUGAAGAUGAAGGGAAUCUACCGGGUGAAUGGCGUGAAGACGCGCGUGGAGAAGCUGUGUCAGGCUUUUGAGAAUGGCAAAGAGCUGGUAGAGCUGUCGCAAUGUUCUCCGCACGACAUCAGCAAUGUGCUCAAGCUCUACUUGAGACAGUUGCCAGAGCCCAUCCUGCCAUUCCACCUUUACAACAGUCUGGUGGGUUCAGCCAAGGAGAGCGCUCAGGCCGACACCGAAGAUCCCGACGGCUCCUCUGCGACGGGCAGAGGGGCUCAGCUGGUAGACCUCGGCGCCGAAACCGAGCCGGAGACGCUGGUGCUGGUGGAUAAACUGAAGGAGCUUCUGAAGGAGCUGCCCAAAGCCAACAUGGCCACCUUACGAUACCUGAUUCGCCAUCUGCGUCGGAUCGCCGAGCUAGAGGAGGACAACAAAAUGAGUCCCGGUAACUUGGGGAUCGUGUUCGGGCCUUCGUUGAUGCGUCCUCGCCCCACGGGGGCCACCGUGUCACUCUCUUCGCUGGUGGACUACCCCCACCAGGCCCGUGUGGUGGAGGCACUCAUCGUCUUCUAUACCACCAUCUUUCAAUCCAAGAGCUCCCAGAGUCUCAAGACUUGCCGCUCGGCCUCCUCUUCCGCUCGACUGGUUCAGGCCCUCAGUGAAGACGUUACGAGCAGUUCCGCAGAUGGCGAGGAAGAUGUGGGCUCGCACAGGAAGAGCAAGUCCGAGUCGGACAAAAUGGAUGAAGGCUGUGGCUCCAUGGGCUCUAGCGAGCAGCUCCCAGACUCUGACUCCGAGCAGGACGAGAGCACCAAGCCGGGAGGCGACGAGGCGGAGGAUGACGAGGAGCAGCUGAGCUACAGGGACAGCCCAGAGCCGGACGUGAGUCCUCCGUCGCCUCCCGUUGGACACCCUUCAGAUGAGGGGGAUGCGAGCGGAGCCCAGGGCAGUCUAAUCACAUCCUUGGCUGAGCUGAACAUCAACCAGUCCAACAAUUAUUACUACUGCUCACCACUGUCAGGUCGCUCCAGAGUCCUGCUGCGCCUGUGCAGCAAGAAGUUGGCGCUGAGCAGAAACCGAGCCAGCAUGCCCGAAUUUGUCUAA